AGUUGGCCGGCUCCCUCGUGGCUCGUGGCUCGUGGCUCGUGGGUCGGCCGAGCGUCCCGUGGAGUUCCCAGUCCCGGACGAGCACCGCGGGGCCCGGACCACGAUGGACUUCCCCAGCUCCCUUCGACCCACGCUGUUCAUGGCUGGCCCCCUUGGUCUGAGUAAUGUCCCUGACUUGUCCUUCAUGUGUAGCUGGAGAGACGCCCUGAUGCUGCCGGAGUCCCUGCCCGAGAACUCUGAGAAUGGGGCGCCGCACAUGGCCACGCAGCUGCUCUGGGAGCCAGAGACCCCUGGACCCCUUCCUCUGCUGCCUCCUGGUCCUGAUCCCUGGGACCCUGGGGUGACUGCCCAGGACCUGCUUUUCCGGGGAGGUUUCACAUUCCGAAGGAAGCCCCAAGCCGUGCUGGACGUUACAGAACAGCUCAGCCGCUUCCUGUGGGACCAUGGGGACAUAGCCUUUGCACCCCUGGGCAAGCUGAUGCUGGAGAAUUUCAAACUGGAGGGAGCACGGAGCCGUUCUAAGAAGAAGACAGUGGUCAGUGUGAAGAGCCUACUCCAGGACCUCGGUGGACACCAGCCCUGGGGCUGCCCCUGGGCUUUCCUCAGCUACCGACAGCGCCGCUUCUCCAUCCUCGGGGGCCCUGUCCUGGGCAAGUCAGUGGCCAGCCUCCUCGGGGAGCUGCUGCACGAGGAGCUGGCCGUGCGGUGGGAACAGCUGCUCCUGGACGACGCGUUCACCGGGGGCGCUUUGGCCUGGGUGCCCGGGAGGACACCCCAGGUGGGACAGUUGGUCUAUCCGGCGGGAGGUGCUCUAGACAAGCUCUGUUUCCAAGAGGUCAGUCUGACCUCAGGCGGUGAUGCUCAGGCUCUCGGGGACCCUGGCCACAUCCAGCUCCGAGGACCUGUCCGGCAGGUGGUGACCCGCACUGUGCAAGGGGAAAGUGAGUCCUUUGGACACCUCCCUCCCCGCCUGCCUCCCUCCCUCGCUGACUUGCUCCCUUACUCUGACCUUCUCCGUCCCUCAGCCCUGCUGGCUGUCCGCUCGGACUACCACUGUGCCCUGUGGAAGGUCAGUAAGCAGGGGCAGCCCGCCCCUCUCCAGGUGCUACAGGUCGGGAAGGGGGCCGCUGGGAUCAGCCUCAGCCCGCACCUGCCCGGGGAGCUGGCUGUCUGCAGCCGUUCCGGAGCCGUCUGUCUGUGGACCCCCCAGGACGGGCUGCAGCAAGUCUACAAGGACCCUGAGACCCUUGUGUUCUGUGACCCUUCUCCCUGGCGCUGUGCGGACUUCACCGCUCAUCCCCGGGUGCUGACUGUGGGGGACCGCACAGGAGUGAAAAUUAUUGACACUCAGGGCCCACCUGGCUGUGGCCUGCUGCUUUUUCGUGGGGGCGCAGAGGCAUCAUGCCAGAAAGGAGAACGUGUCCUGCUGACCCAGUACCUGGGGGCGUGCAGCCCCGAGCCCCUGCUUCCUACACUCCAUCUCAUCUGUACGCAGUUUUCGCUCUACCUGGUGGAUGAGCGCCUCCCCUUGGUGCCCAUGCUGAAGUGGAACCAUGACCUCCCCUCGGCUCCCCUGUGGGCCCAGCUGUUGCCCCCACCACGGCCCGGCUGCCCACGGCCGUUGCUCCUGGGCGCCCAGCACGGGCACCUGCGGCUGCUACACCUUACAGGAGAGGGGGCCUCUGCACCCAGGCUGGCGGGGCCCCCCCAGUCUCUCCCUUCCAGCAGCGACUCCCUCUCCGCGUUUCCCCUGCUGGAGCCCAAGAGUCAGUGGCGGCUGCAGGAGCGUCUGAAAGCGCCAACCAUAGGUCUGGCUGCCACCAUCCCUUUCCCAGCUUCCGAGCCAGUCCUGUCGCUCUUUCAGCUCUCAGCAGCCGGGGAUGUCUUCCACCAGCGCCUCCGCCUCCAGGCAGACCCUGGGGCUACCUUACAUGCCCCCACGGCUUCCUGGACACCCCAGGCCACUGCGUGCUGCAGCCGAUGGCUGAAAGCCCUGCUGGAGGUGCCCCCACCUCCCCCUGUGUGGGCGGCACCCACCUUUUCCCACCGCCGUCUGCUGGGCUGCAUGGAACAGAGGACGGGGGAGCGCAAAGGGCCAGAGGGUCUCCGAGCGGCCAUGGCUGGAGGGAGGCUGCUGCAGCAGAGGGACCUGGGCCCACUCCCCUCUGCGGAGCCGCCCCCUGCCCCCGAGCCGGGCCCCGAGGACGAGCUCAGCGCACGUUUGGAGGCGGCCUGGGAAGGCCAGAUGGCUGUCUGGUGGGACAGGCAGCAGGGCCGGAUCUCCGGGCCCCGCAGACCGCCCAAGCGGCAUAAACACCGGACUCAACUGUCCAGCACUUUCUCCUCACUCAGCGGCCGCCUGGACCUCUCGGAUGCCACCAGCCCCCCUCGUAGCCCAGACCGGGCAUCCCCCGAAGCCAAGCCUCGGCCACCGGUGACCCCGCCCUCCCAUGAGUCGACUCAGAAGCUGUGGGCUCAGGGUGUCCCCUCGGAGCGGCAGCAGACUCUCCGCGACUACAUGGCGAAGCUGCCGCUCAAAGGGGACAGCCCGCGUGGGGUCUGCUCCCCCCUCUCCCAGAGCCCCAGCCUCCGGGCCACCCCCUCCAGGUCGCAGACCCCCCAGGAAGGCACAACCGAGCUGCCGCCGCGAAGGACCACCCUGAGAGGUGCCGCUGUGUCCUCCUCCCAGACCUCCAGCCUCCGGGCCACCCCCUCCAGGCAGCGGGCGCCCGUCCCCUCUGGCUCUCAGCCCCAGCGGAAGAAGCCGCGCAUGGGCUUCUGAGGGCCCCAGGGGAGCUGCUCCCCCUCCGGGGAGCCCUUCAUCCUGGACCUGCUGUGCCUUCUGUGGUUGGAAGCUGGGAAGGGGGAAGAGAACAGUCCCCGGGGCACAGG